UUGUAGUACCAUGGCGUCUCCACUGGUGGCGCGCGCUACGUAUUCUAACAAGAAGGUCAAGAAAUAAGAGCACUUGUUGCACUUGUAGAAAUUCGACGCAGAUUUUGAUCGACGUUAAUCGAGACCAUCGUUGAAGCCAGUCUCACCAUGGAUGAAUGCCAUCUUAAAAAUGAGCGUCCCAUCGACUUCUUUGUGCCAAUCUUAGCUCGCUUGUUUGCGGAAAAAGGGCAGGAAGUAGAAGAAGGCCAAGAGGCUCGCAGACUCGCCAGGCUUGAAAGGCUAUUGCACAACAGGCGCCUUGUUACAAUCAUGGCUGAUUGGAAUGAUUUCCACAUUGCCUAUGAACCUGCUCCUGAUGGCAAUAGUGUUGAACUGAAGGAGCAGGUUUUGCACCUGAUGGAAAACUGCUCAAAAUUAAUCGUUCAUCGCGGCCCCCCUGAAGCAGUUCACUCCAUGGACACUUUGCCCAACAUGAUCAAAGAAGUCCUUCGUCAGGGUCAGGAAAUAUGCGAGCGGAUGGCGGUCACCAUCCUGUCGCACAUGAACGCAGAAUUCAGACUUGUCGACGACCACCACACCUGGCCAAACAUGAUCAGGACAAAUUUGGCCAAUAGAUUCCCCGAAUACUUGGCCCCAUUAGUGCCUGCUGCGCCGACCGUUGUGAUUGCGGCUCCACAGCCAAACCCUGCUGCCACGAGCGAGUUCUACAUUAAGAACGUGCGCAACCUCGGUGAUCUGGUGCAGAAAAUCAUUCAGCACUUUGUUUUCCAAGAAGUUGACAAAAUGAACACACUGCUGAAUAAGGAACAGAUCGUCGUCCUCCUGGCGUUAUGGAACAAUCGCAGGGUCGGACGAAAGCCCAUUCGAGGGCACAGUAAGGCUGAUUUGAAAGACGAGAUUCUCAGGCUCUUGAUGGGCUGCUCAAGAAUCGUCUUACACCGCCCUCGCCCAAAUGACGGCGACAAAAUGGACGAGUUGCCUGCAGACCUCAGGUCAGCCUUAGGUUCACUCGAGGUAAUGGGUCCAAGAUCGGCCACAGCGGUACUCUACUACAUGAACGCAGAAUUUGAUGUAGAUGCUGACAAAAAGGACUUGCGAAGGAUUGUCCUGGAGAAUCUGACAUUGAGGUUCCCGCAGGUCAGACCAGCCACGGCUACCAAUCCUUCUGUGGAGGUUGCCCAGGCUCCCACCAACCAAGAGGAGGCCCAAGCGCCGCCGGCUGCGGCUGCCAAUCCUCCAGUGCAGGUUGCCCAGGCUAAUCCAGACACCACCAACCACGAGGAGGCAGACGACCAAGUUUGAACUUUUUUUUACCAUCUUCCUAUCUCGUCGACAGAAGUUCAAUUUUUUUUUUGCUUUUGAGCCACUCUUAAUUUGUAAGAAAACUCCCCUGCCAUUUCUCUUUUGUUUGAAUUUUCCUCAAUCUCUCCAUAUUGCAAUCAUUUAAGUUUGAAUCAAUUGUUUAAAAUUGUAGAAAAUGAAGGAUGUGUAAUUUUUAAAAUAAAUUUUAGAAUUAAUAUUUCACCUUCUUUCAGUGACAUUGUCUUAAAUCCAUGCUGAGGCUUAUGCUGCCGACUCUUACACUCGUAGCAGCUUUCAGCUGACCACUAUAUUUGAGAAAGUCAUUUUGUAGCUUUUACAUG